CGCGGGCGGGUCCGGCGCAAGACCACGUGUACAGUGUUGAUGGUCAGCGUCUGGCAGUCCGCUAACCGGAAGCAGUGACUUGAAAGGAAACUUUCCCCACCUGUGGUCCCCGAGUGGGCUUCGCCCAGAGCAUGAGUGCCCCGGGCGUGCUGUCCUUCACCCAGCAGGGCUGGGAGCAGGUGCUGGCCAAGGUGAAACGGGCCGUGGUCUACCUGGAUGCCGCCUGCGCCGAGAGCCUGCACUGGGGCUGCGGCGCCUCGCGGCUGCUGGACGCCGUGGGCGCUCCCGCGUGCCACCUGCGGGAGUUCGGGAGCCACGCGGCCGGCGGCGGCGUCCAGCAGCCCAAGGCGGUGUUCGUGCUGAGCUGCCUGCUCAAGGGCCGGAGCGUGGAGACGCUGCGGGACAUCGUGCGCCGCAGCCACUUCCAGUACUGUGUGGUGGUCACCGCCGUGAGCCACGCCGUUCACCUCACGGCCAACCACGUGCCGGCCGCGGCGGCCGCCGAGCUGGAGGGUCAGCAGCCCGUGUUCGAGCAGCUGGAGGAGAAGCUGUGCGAGUGGAUGGGCAGCAUGAACUACACGGCCGAGGUGCUGCACGCGCCGCUGCUGCUGGCCCCGGUCGCGGCGCACCUGGCCUGCACGCCGGCCUUCGCGUCUCUGUUCCCGCUGCUGCCGCGGGACGUGCGUCUCCUCCACGGUGGCCGACCGGACAAGAGGCGGCUGGGCAGCCUGGCCGAGCUGGACGCCGCCGCCCUGCCGGCCGAGCUGCAGCUGCAGAUUAGGUGCCUGGUGUCCGGCCUCAGCUCGCUGUGUGAGCACCUGGGAGUCCGCGAGGAGUGCUUUGCCGUGGGCAGCGUCAGCCGAGUCAUUGCUGCCGAUCUGGCCAACUUUGCCCCUGCCAAGAACAGGAGGAAGACUGCCGCGGGCAGGGCGUCCGUGGUCUUUGUGGACAGAACGCUGGAUCUCACAGGUGCCGUGGGACAUCAUGGAGACAACUUGGUGGAGAAGAUCAUCUCGGUGCUUCCCCAGCUGCCUGGCCACACGAAUGAUGUGAUGGUUGACAUGGUGGAGCUCACGGCGCUGCAGGCUGCUGGAGGUGGGCAGAACGUGGUUGCACCGGGCUGCCUCGCACAAGCCGAUGACGCCGCUGCCAGAGCCCUGUGGGACACCUUACUGAACACCAGGCACAAAGAGGCAGUGAUGGAAGUGCGGAGACAUCUAGUGGAAGCAGCCAGCAGAGAAAACCUGCCAAUCAAGAUGAGCAUGGGGCGAGUUACUGCUGCACAGCUCACUGCCUACAUCCAGCUCUUCAAGAACAACAUGCAGGCCAUGAGCAAGCACUGCGGGCUCCUCCAGCUGGGGCUGGCCACGGCACAGACCCUGUCGCACCCACACACUGCCAAGUGGGACAAUUUCCUGGCCUUUGAGCGGCUCCUUCUCCAGAGCCUCGGGGAGUCGGCGCCGGCUGCGGUGCUCGGCCAGCUGCUGCCCCUGGUGAAGCCGGCCUCCCAGCGGAGCCACGGUGACUAUGGCCCCGAGGAGCUGCUCGUCCUCCUCCUCUACAUCUACUCCGUCACGGGAGAGCAUGCCGCUGACCGGGCCCUGGAGGAGGCCGAGGAGCAAGUGAAGAAAGCUCUGGCCCAGGCCUUGUGUGAGGAGGCCGAGCUGUCCCCUUUGCUGCAGAAGAUCACAGGCUGCGACUCCCCAGUUCACCUGACGCCACACAAGUCCAAGGCGGCCGUGGACGAGCUCUUUGCCACACUGCGGGACGUGGCCGGGGCAAGGCGUCUCAUGAAGCAAUUCAAGUCUGUCCAUGUCCCUGGAAGUCACGCCCAUCAGGCAUCCUACCGGCCGCUGCUGAAGCAGGUGGUGGAGGAGAUCUUCCAUCCCGAGAAGCAGGAACACACGGACAUUGAGCACGUGUCAUCGGGCCUCACCGACCUCCUGAAAACGGGGUUCAGCAUGUUCAUGAAGGUGAGCCGGCCGCACCCCAACGACCACCCCCUCCUGAUCCUCUUCGUGGUGGGAGGCGUCACAGUCUCCGAGGCCAAAAUGGUCAAAGACCUGGUGGCGUCCCUGAAGCCCGGACACCAGGUGAUCGUGUUGUCCACACGGCUCCUGAAGCCUCUGAGCAUUCCUGAGUUGUUGUUUGCAACCGACCGGCUGCACCCAGACCUUGGCAUCUGACCUCUGCAAGGGAGACGGGGCAGCCCAAGCCGCAGGCACCACCACCACCGUCGCCGCUGCUAACUGGGCUUGGCCAAGUUUGCUGGAAGCUACGCAGCGAGGGACUUCGCUCAGAUGAUUCAAAUUAUAUUAUAAAUAACAACAGCAAAAAAGUACUCCUUUUUCCAAAGAUGCCAGGCUUUCCUUCAGCCGCAUUCACCAUCACUCCAUUAUCCUCUGUCUGUGAAUCUUGCCCGCUCCACCUCCGAGGUCCUGACGUCAGUUAGAGUCUGUUGCCCACCGCUGUCUGUAGCAGCAGUCGCUCCGGGAGAGGUCAGACCUGCUGUAAACUGACUGUGAGCCCAGUCAGCCUCCCCUGCAGCCA